AUGCGAGAGGCUAUGCAGAUGGAUACAACCUCUGGCAAUCCCCCAGUUGGUCAAGAUUCCAAUCAUAUGUGGUCUAGAGAUGGUAAUAAUGGAGAACGGGUAUUGAUUGCAAACCUUCAUGAACAAGUUGGAUUGCAAAAGAUAUUAUCAUUACUUGAGUCAGAGGAUGCUACUGUACGGAAAUAUGAGGUAAAAGUGGUAGCCAACUUAGCUGCAGAAGAGGCUAAUCAAGAGCUCAUAAUGGCCUGAGGUGGAAUAUGUCUUUUAGCUAUGACAGCCACUGUUGCAGAAGAUCCUCAAACUCUAAGAAUGGUUGCUUAGGGUUGGUCCCCUGCUUCCUACCAUCCCUUAAUCUGUACUCGAUUCUCAGUCUUUAGUGAUUUUAACAGAGUAUUUUUUAGGUAAACUAUUUCCUUCUGGAAACGAAUAGGUAACUAGAAUUUUACAUGAUUGUGAACUCUAGCUUUAUAUUUUAUGCAUGCUUUGGAAGUCGGAGAAACUUAGCAAAGGCAGUCAUUAUUUGAUGCAUGGCUGUGAUUUGUUAAUGAUAUGGUGGUCCAGUUACAGGAUCAAGGCACGGCCGGUCCCUCCUGAUAGACGAUGGCGCCUUGCCAUGGAUCGUGCAAAAUGCCAACAGCGAAGCUUCACUAAUCAGACGUCAUAUUGAGCUCGCACAGCAAUUUGUU